AUGGCUCUUAUCACCGCGCGGCGCAAAUUAGCGACACUCCUAAACAGAACCCUCUCUUCUUCGUCGUCGUUUUCUACGCACUCUUCUCGUUCUCGAUUCGCUGUGUCGCUAAUUGACAAGGUUUCCUCGACCCGAACCGGACUGGGCCCAUGUUACAUCACGACCCGACUCAAGACAUCCGGGUCUGGAUACUCUCCGUUGAACGAUCCUUCGCCGAAUUGGAGCAACCGUCCACCGAAGGAGACGAUUCUUCUCGAUGGGUGUGAUUACGAGCACUGGCUCAUCGUCAUGGAAUUCACUGAUCCCAAACCCACUGAUGAUGAAAUGAUCAAUGCUUAUGUCAAAACCCUAACUUCUGUCGUUGGCAGCGAGGAGGAGGCAAAGAAGAAGAUUUACUCUGUUUGCACUUCGACCUACACUGGCUUUGGUGCUUUGAUCUCUGAAGAGCUUUCUUGCAAAGUUAAAGGAUUACCUGGUGUUCUCUGGGUCUUACCAGAUUCCUAUCUUGAUGUACCCAACAAAGACUAUGGAGGUGACUUGUACAUUGAAGGGAAGGUCAUACCCAGACCACAGUACAGGUUCACAGAACAACGCCAGACUAGGAACCGGUCUAGGCCAAGGUACGAUAGGCGCCGCGAGACUAUGCAGGUGGAAAGAAGAGAGCAACCAACACAGAACUGGAGCAGCCAAAACCAACAACCACCGGCCACCGGUCAUCAAGGCUCCAGCUAA